AUGAUCAUUUAUUUGAUUAUUUGUUUCUCUUGUAUUGCUUUUGCUGAACAAUAUACUAUGGUUGGAACAAACUCUAAUUUCCUUGAAAUGAAUAAUUGGAAUCCUCAACACUCUGGUGAUUUCACAACUUCAGAUGAUUUAAUUCUUCCAAUAGACGGUUUCUUUAGUGUUUCUUCUUUAAGGGUAAAUAAAAUUAUAGUGUCUGCUGAUAUUGACCUUUCAGUUGGAGUACUUAUAGUGAAUGACAUUGAAGAUAUAAACAAUAAAACAUUUAUUGUUAGAGGAUUAACUACAAUCACUGGGUCUUGCUCAGGAAUUGUAAAGAUGAGAUCUCUUAAAGGAACAGUUACAAAUAAUGGGUAUCUUCUCGUUCAAGCAACAGAAUCUCUUGUGGUUGUUAACUAUGGAACAUUGGAAUUAGGAAAUUUUGAAUCUGGUGAUUAUAGUAUUUUUACUAUGGACGUUGAGAGUUAUGGUGAUAUCAUUUAUUCCAAACCGAUUUAUGAAUCUAACUAUUUUAAUUGUUUUGGAGGUAGUAUCUCAUUUGAAACAAAAUUACUUCCAAUAGUAGUUAAUCUUAAAGAUACAAGAAUUUUAACUAAUAUGGAAAUUACAGUGAAGUCAACCAUUAACAAUUGUACUGGAAAAGAAUUAUCUAUAAAAGGAGAAAGUGUCACAAUAACUAACAGUAAAUUUACAAAUGUAGAAGUUGUUGACACUUCAUUAAAUUCUUGGAAUUUGGAGUGUACUUCUUUAUUUCUCUUACAGACUACUCGAACUCAAAAAAAUGAAAUAAAAGAUUCUAUCAUUUCUUCUCAGAAUGUAGAAAUUAAGGGUAAUUGGAAUAUAGUUAAUUCUCAAAUAGGACGUUUCACAAAAAUAUCAAAUGCUCAGAUUGUAAUGGAUGAUCAUUCACUCUUCUUUGGUAUUCUAAGUAUGGAAUUAACAACAAUCAAUCAAAUAUUCUACAAUGGAACUGAUUUGACUACAAAGUCAUGUGUUAUUGACUAUGUAAAAUGUACCUCAACAUUUAAUUACAUCUCUACUACAAUCAAUAAUUUAGAAUGUCAUAAAGGAUGUAUUUUAGAAUUUAUAUCAGUAACUUCUCUUCAUAUAUAUAAUAAAGAAUGCUCUAUUAAAACACUUAGAGCACAAAAUAUCAUUGGAUAUACUGAUGAGUGGAUCUUACCAUCGGAUUUAACUGUUUCAAAAUCUAUUGAUUGUCAUAGUAUUUUAGUUUGCUCUUCUACAUGUUCAUUUGUUUCUACUGCUUCAUCUGUUAGCGAUUUGAUUUUUAAAGAAGGUCAAAUAUUAUUAUCUUUUUCUGGGUGUUCUAUUGUUAAUAUUUUUUCUAACUCAGAGACAAUAAUUAAAAGUGUUUUGCAAUCUACGACAGAUUUAUAUUUAACUAUUAAAAAUAAUAUAUUAACUUGUGAAUCAAUUAUUAAGAAUCUUGUAGCAAUAAAUUCUUCUGUGACAUCGUAUGGAAAUAUAGAAACUUUAAAAGGUAUUAAAUCCACAUUUUCAAUACAAAAUAUCAAUAAUAAUAUCAUAUUAGAUGAGAUUGUUGAUUGUCAAUUUACAACAAAAAUUACUGUAAUAUCGGGGACACCAGUUAUUCAUGGCUCUUCGUUUGUAUUUCUCAGUAUUUCUUCUUCAAGUCUUAUAAUUGAAAACUCUACUAUUACAUCAACACUAGAAUUAUUUUCAACAACAAUAACAGGAAGUUGUACAACAAAUUCCUUCAUUUUUGAUGAUGUUUUAAUGAACCGAUUUAUAAUGAAAUUGUCAUCGUGUUUAUCAAAAUAUACUGCUACCAGAUUGAAUUCUAUUGAAUCUUCAUUUAUCAUUCCAUGCAUCACUAGAUUAUCAACUAUAGACAAUGAAUUAAAUGUUGACUUAAUACUUACUGGAGAUUCAUACAUUGGAUAUGGAACUACUUUAAUGUCAAAAACAAUUACAAACAAUGGACUGUUGAAGAAUUAUGGAACAUUGAAUGUUUCAGAAUUUAUUUCAUGUUCAGAGAAUUCUCAAAUGUUAGGAAAUGGAGAGAUUAUCUGUGAACAAGCAGUAGUUAAUAGCCUCUCUGAAAAUACUAUAAAAACAACAAUUUUAAAUAUCACAAAAGAUGAUAUAAUAUUAAAUAAAGUGACUUUUAAUGAGAAUGGACAAUUAAAUCAGAACAGACACAACAUAACAAUUAAAGAAUUAAAAAUAGAAAAUGGACUUACGAUUAAAAAGACUUCAGGAUUCAUAGAAAAUCAUUUACUCGUUGGGAGUGGUAAAAUUUUUGGAGAUUUGGUUACUCUUAACUCAUUUGAAGCAAUUCUAACAUCUGUUUAUUCAAUAGAUAUUCAUAAUGUUCGUUCUUCUGCUGAAAUAACAGAUUGUUUUAUUGAUACUCUUAAUAUAAAUAAAGCAAACGUCCAAAUUACAAGUAGUAUUUUUAAUUCGUUAUAUUCGAUAUCAUCAAACAUUUCAAUUAAUGGAAAAAUACGUAUUGGGACAUUACAACUAUAUGAAACUGAAAUAGAGGAAUCUGGAGAAACAAAUAUAGUUGAAAUUAAUUAUUUUUUAAAUGGUUUUAGUAUUAUUAAUGUACCUAUUUCUAUAACGUCUAGAAUUGAAGGUACUUUUACAUUCAAGAAACCUGUUAAAUUAAUAAAUAUUCAUUCACCAAAAAAAUAUGAAAUUACUUCUGAAUCAUUAUUAGAAUGUGAAGGUUCUAUUGACUCUUUUUCAUUUAAAAUAAUUAAUAAAGGAACAAUGUUAAUUUCAGAAAAUUGUCAAAUUUCUGUUAUUCUUGAUAAUAAAAAAGAACUUAUUGCUCAAAAUACUAAAAUAAUCAGAACAACUAUCAUAAAUGAUGGAAUUGCUACUUUUGUAAAUGUUACAGCACCACUAACAUCCAUUACAAGUUCUUCUUCAAUGUCAGUUUCUUGUAUUAGUGAACUGAAUAAUAUUCAUCUAUUAACUGGAUCUAUUACAAAUAUGAAAGGAGAUGUUAGUACUUCAUCAUUUUUAUGUGAAGGGACAUAUUCUGUUGAUACUAAUGCGACUUUAAAUUUUACAAUAUCAAGUGUAAAGAAAUGUAUCAUUAAUUUUCCUAAACCAGUACAUCACCUUCAUUUGACUAAUCCAACAAAAACAAUUCCAUAUUUUAUAAGUGUUACACCAAAUAAAUUACCUCUUGUUGGGGAUUCAUUCUAUCUUAUCUCUUGUGAUAAUCAACCAUUCCCUGAUAAACCAUCUUCAGAAGUAAGUGGCGUUGAUAGAUUAGCAUUAUCACGUGAAUUGGAUAGUAAUUCUUAUAAUAUUUCAAUCACAAAAUGUCCAUCAGGAUCUUCAUAUAUUCUUAGUUGUAUUGAAUGCAAAGAAGGUGAAUAUCAAAUUGAAGAUGAAUGUUAUAGAUGCCCUCCAGGUACAUACUCUGAUAAAUAUAAUUGUAUCCCAUGUCCAGAAGGGACUUAUAGUAUUUUAUCAUCUUCAUCAUGUCCUGUUUGUGGAAAUGGUAUGUGGUCAUACAUUAGUUCUUCUGGAUGUUAUUCAUGUAAGUCUGGGUAUUAUAAAAAUAGUACAAUAGGAUGUGUUCCAUGCAUUCAAAAUACUUGGAGUAGUGAAGGUGCAGAUGAAUGUAUUGAAUGUGAUAAAGGGAUGGUUACAAUGGAUCAUAUUACAUGUGUUAAGAAUAAAACUAAUUCAAGUGAUUGUGAGGAUGGAUAUUAUUUUAAUAAUAGUGAAUGUAUUGAAUGUGAAAAUGGGUAUGUUGAAUUAAAUAAAUGUAUUCAGUGUAACGAUGAUGAAGAAUUGAAUGAAGAGAAGACAGCUUGUAUUUUUUAUUCAAAAAAACAGUGGAUAGUUUAUUUACUAUCAUUUUUAAUAUUUGCUAUUGUAUUAAUCAUAUUUGUUCUGAUGCUGGCUUUCCAUAUUUUAAAUUAUUAUAAAGAAAAAAGAAGAGAAUCAGAACAAAAGAAGUUUAUUGAAGAAAUGUUUACAGUCCAAAAAUCUCCUUCAGAAGAAGACGAUAUUUCGGUUAAAUAUAUGACACCAGACGAAUGGUUAUAUCCUGAUUCGAGUAUUACUGUUAAUGGAAACUUUGACACAUUGAAUAAAAUAAGUGAAGACAAAUUCUUAGAAAGAUAUCAAUUAUAUAGAACUAAUCAAAUGAGUGAAAAACAAAAACAGGAAUUUAAAAAUGAAAUUGAAAUAAAAGAACAAAAAAUGAAAGAUUAUUGUUAUAAAUCUAAUAACGGAAAUAAUAAAGAAGAAAAUAAUAAAAAGAACUCAUCAACUACAUAUAAUUUAGAGAUUGAAUUGGAAAAUGAAAACCAAGAAAGUAAAUCCCAAGAAGAAAAAGAAGAACCAAUAAAAGUUACUGAAGAACUACAAAUAGACCUUGAACAAAAAGAAGAAACAGUAGAAGCUGACCAAACGGAAAAAUUAACUGAACUACAGCUAGAGUCACCACAACCUGUUUUUCAACAAAUAAAAACACGGAAUAAUAUUUCUUCUAAAGCAGAAAUUACUAUUGCAUUAAAUGAAAUUAAUAAAUUAAAAGAACAGUAUGAAAAAGAUUUAUUGAAUGUAAAAUCUAUGGUGAGGUCAUUAACUUAUGAAACCAAUGUAACAAAAGAGAAGCUUAAAGUUCUUGAAAAUGAUAAAGAGAAUAAAAAUCAACAAGAACUUAAAGGACGUAAAGAAGCAACACUAAGUCGUGCAGGAAUUGAUGGUGGAAGUAGAGUUCAAGAUAUUUUGAUUGCUGGAGUAAAUCCAAGAUUUAUUCCAUUACCUGAUCCAAAUGGUAAAAGUAGUGGUUAUUUAAAAUAA